UCUAGAUUCUUGUAAUAUAUAUUUAUGACCACUUUGUAUGCAUCGCAAGCUUGGGAACUUCUGAAUUCUGAUGAUGGUGGCACUGCAGGUUGUCCGCAUCGUUGACUUGUCCUGCUCAACCACCCACCAGUGGCAGUGGAUCAAGAUUCUUCAGGAUUUCCAUAGCCGCCCUGGGGGCCCGCCCGAACUACGCCUAACUGUUGUCCAUGAAGACAGUGAGUUCCUGGACAACAUGCAGGCGUGCCUGUGCAAGCAAGCUGCUAACCUCAAGCUAUGUUUUUAUUUCGACAAGGUGAUUGGCAAACUCGAGACAUUGGACUUCAGCAAUCUCCGCGAGAUCCUUAAGAUAAACUUCGGUGAGGCGGUUGUGAUCAGCUGUGCUCUACAGAUGCAUCGCCUCCUCGCGGUUGAUGACAGCAUAAGCCGUGACUUCACUGCUCAGCUCCAGCAAAUGGCAAACAUGGCUCGGCUUAAGCAAAUGGCCUGCUCAGCGUGCAGUCCAGCAUCGACACUGAACUAUCCGUAGACACCAUCCCCUCAACGCCAGAUACCAAGCCUGCUGGUGAGCUUCCUCUACGCCAUCCGUGCCCUUGACCCGAAGAUCAUUGUGAUGAUGGAGCAAGACGCGGACCACAACUCCCCGCUGUUCCACGAUCGGUUCACCAAGACAGUCGACUACUACGCCGCCCUCUUCGACAGCCUCAAUGCGGUGGAUGCAGCCAGCCCGCAGAGGGCUCGCGUGGAGAGGGUGCUCCUUGGGGAGGAGAUCAAGAAUAUACUGGUGUGUGACGGGGUCCACCGGCAUGAGCGGCAUGAGAGGCUGAGCCAGUGGGAAAUGCACAUGCAGCGUUGCGAGGUUGACCAUGUGCCGCUCAGCUUUGAAGCCAUCAGGGAGGGCAAGGAGAGGCUGAUGAGCUACGGAUUGAAACAAUGCAAGAGCAAAGAAGACAAGGCCGGCCUUCUGCUGUGCUGGGGUACAACUCGUCUGUACUCCAUUUCAGCCUGGAGACCACACAGCUCGAAUGCGGCGCCAAAUAAUGUGGCUGGCUAGCGCAGUACGUCUCCCAGUUCGUGGUGAUUUCUGGGGCUGCGAAUAAGACGCUGUUGCUUAAGAUAUGCUUGAAUGGCAACUCAAAUUGAUUGGUGCGAUGCCAAGCUUAGGUAUGUAGAGAUGAAAGUGAUGUGCUAUUUUCUGGAGAAUGUUACCGAACUGAUCUCGUCGUACUUUUCACCCUGCCUUCAUCAAAGUUGGGUUUCCCGAUUAGGAUAUGGUUUAGGGUGUAUUUGUUUCUAUGUUAUUGAUCAUCUUCAGUUGACCGGCUGAAAUAGAGCAGAGUUGAUUUUGGAGUUGCAAAGAA